GAAUGGGAUGCGUAAAAAGAAAUGAUGUGGAGAUGGAAGAAAGGCCAAUUUUCUUUGGUGUGUAACCGCCGUGCUGUCUGGCGGGGUCCGAAGAUUGACCAAGUGAAGAGACCACGGGAAGAGGUGAAAAUAAAAUUGGUGGGGGCCCACUAUCGGCUAUGGCCCAACAUCAUAUGAACAGUCUGGCAAUAGUUCUUCACUGAUGUGGUCAUAACGAUUAAUUGGUCAAAAAAAUACUCGAGUGAUAUAGUCUGAAAAAGUUUCAAUCAAUUUUCAUUAAUAAUUUUUUAUUUUUAAGAACUCUUUAUUAACUCGCAACAGUUUUAUUAGUUAUUCCAAGUUCGUUUUUAAAAUUAAAUUCGUUUCAUAAAGAUUCAAAUUUUGAGUGAUUCUUUUUAUAAAUUUAUUAUUUUUAUUUUUAAAGAUAAUGAGAAGUAAAAAUAAACGUUGGUUAUACACUUGGAUCAUCUUAUGGACUUAUUUGCAAUUAUUAUAUUGCGAAGCCAAUGAUUUCCGAGGAUCUUCUAAUAGAAAUGGUUCGGUUACGUUUAAUAAUAACAAAGAAACGAGAGGAUUAUUUUCACCGCGGAUGGAUUAUGAGCAAUGGAAGCCAAUCCUUAACGGCGAUCCUUUAAAAAAUGAUCCCACAUUCGAUUAUGUACCCCCUAUGGUUGAGGCAGUUCGAUAUUGGAGGGAUACUAAUAAUAAUCAUAGAAAAGUCGAAAAUAAUAAUAAUCAGAUUAAUCAGAAGAAAGAUAUUUUAAUAUUGGGCGUUUCCUCCAAAAAACCAAGUACAAGUUCAGCCUCGAUCCCAGAAAAUCCUAAUCGAAGAGAAUAUUUCGAUCCUUUCUUAAAAUACGUUAAAGAACCAUCUUACCAAAGACAUAGACAACAUCUUCCUUUAACAUCCCCUUAUUUUACACCAUCAAUUUUUUUGAGCAAACUCACAGAGAGACCCCCAAUUAUCGAAAACGAAGCGAUUCCUUAUACUAUGUUAUUACCCCCACCGAUGCCGAUAAGCAAGAAACCUGUAACAACACACAUUCCAGAAAUCCAUCCAUCAACUAAAAUCCCAUUUUCAUCAUCUCCACCAACAUCCUCCGAUUUUAUAACAGUUGAUCAAGCAAAAUUAAUCUACCAAUCCAGCACUCAUGGCUUAACCGAUUGGUUAUCAGAUCAAUACACAACCGCAGAAACCCAUAAUGUAGCUACAUGGAAAACACCGCCAUCUCACGAACCAAUUUUAAACAACAUCAUCGAUAAGCACGAAAAAUCGAAUGAAACCAACCAAGUUAAUAUGCAUAAAGGACAAGUUGAGGAUGACGAAUUAGAUACUUACGUAAACAUUGGAAAAUUAGAAGCGCACAUGGAUUCCGUUUCCGGAAUGGGCAUUUCCGGGAUUACAAUAAAACCACCGAAUUUUGGCGUCCAAGUUUUGCGUCCGAUGUCAAUUCCAAAUUUAAUUGAUGAAAAAAUUAACGAAAUAACCCAACCAUCUUUAGAAACUUUAACCUCUUCAGUGAUAACCACAACAACUUCUUUACCGACCACAACAAUAACUUCAAAACCAUCAACCACAACGACAUCUACGGCUUCAUCGUUAACAACCGAUCCAUUAUUUAAACAUUAUAAACAAUCCAUGGAUCCUAUUAGAGGCCCUUUGUAUUUAAUAAUUCAGGGUCACUCGAAAGUUAAAACUUAUGGACCUUCAAAGCAAAUUCACGGAAUUUCUGUGCAAGAAUCAAAUGAAAUAAUUCCUGGUGAUAAUAAGGAGUUUAUUAAUGUUAAACAUUUGCAUAAAUUUAAAGUGGAUGAGAAUGAAAUGAGGAAACCAAGGAGAACAGGAAAAUCGGCAAAUUUACAAACGUUAAAACACGUCGUUCAAACUCGUUUAGGAUCGAUUGAUUUUGGCGAAAUUGAUCGAGAAGUUGAAUAUAAGGUGUCACAAGAAGGCGAAUCAGAUGAAAAGUAUCAAAAAGGAAUUGUUGAAACGGGAGCAAUUGCAAGGAGGAAAAGACUUCUUCGUUAAAUUAAUUAAUUUUAUUUAUUUAAAAAUUUUAUAAUAUUUACUUACAGGCUAUGAA